AUGAUAAUUGGUCCUAUAUGGCGAAUAUAUUAUGCUUGGAACAUGAUAUUGGGGAACCAGUGCAUGGAUUUAACCUUUAGGAAGGCUACCAACUCGACAAAACUUCGGUUUCGGGAGGACAUGUAUUCAUUUGUGGAUACCAUGCCUGCUUGGUGUAAUGCAACACUUGUUAUGACUAUGGACAGGACUCGUGAGAUGCUUUUGAUUCCAGAUAAUACCUUUCCGAAGAUUGGUCGGUUCGUUGGAGUACCGAACGUUCAUAAAGGCGACUACGUAGGAGCAACCAGAGGAACAGUGUCGCUGUUUAGAAUGGCCGUGAAAGUGUUACACGAGGGACGGUAUUUGGUUAUAGGGGACUGUCUAAAUGGCGUUGUUUCAUUCCUAGUUCGGCGAGAUCAGAAACAUACGUGGGGCGAAGUCACCUCCGUUGUACGAAAAUUUGGUCUUAAAUUUAGCGAUGUGGGUUAUCCCGCCUGCAAGUUUAAUAUGAGAAGAAAAUUACGACGACGUCCUAAAAAUGAAGAUUGA